ACAAGACCUGUGUGUAUUCUGAUUGUUGGUGUGCGAAAGUGAAUUGAGGCUAUACAUUACUGGUUAGGUGCCAUAUUUUGGUUUUCGAAGAUCAAAAACAAAGACAUGUGUAGUUUGUAGAUGUCCGUACCUGAAACAAAACCACUGGACACAGUCACAGCAAGAAGAAGUAUGGGGCCGGAUAGAAAAACGGAGGAAGAUCCGGAGAAAGACAGCUCUACAGAGCGGGAGUUGGUGAUGCCCCAGAUGGUGGUUGCUAUGGGAGAUGAGAGCAGUGAUGAGGAUGGGAGUGAUGAUGAAGGGAUGGGAGGGAUGGGACCACAAGGAGAUGGUUACAUGCUGUUGCCAUCGGAUGCUGACCAUGAGAUGCAGGAUGAACCUCCUGACACUCUCAGUGAAAUGAUGGAUGAAUUUGAGUUUCCUUCCAACUCAAAUAGUAAUUCUCCGCAGCACCAGCAGCAGCCACAGCUUCCCCCACACCUCUCUAAAGUCCUGCCCACCGAGACUCCCGCUCAAGACCCCGUCACAGUCGUGUCGUACACCGACACAGCCACAUCACUCCAGGAGCGACGGCAGGUCAUGGCGGCGGACGAUGAGAUACAGAAAGCCAUGGCCGGGGUGUCACUGCCUGGACUAGCGGUACCCCCGUGGGCGAAGGCCCAGGGGGAUGAAGGGUGGAAGGAACAGCUGAAUGUGAUGAUGAAGGGAAAGGAGGAGAAGAGGAGAGAACCGUAUCAUGGGACGUCCAAGGAAUCUAAAUCGUGAACAUUUCUGGAUGCCUGAAAGUUCAAACAGGCCUUGAAUUUUAUUUUUGACAGGGCAAGGCCAUUUUCAUUUUGCAAAGGGCACUACCAUUUGAAAAUCCUAAAGUCAAUGGGAAACUUUUGAAGGGGCACCAAAGGUCAACGGAGACCAUGGUCUCUGUAGCCUGCGUGUAAUUCCAGGCCUGUUCUAAUCUUGAAACCAUGUCUUUACACAAAAAAACUCAAGGUAUUGUACCCCGUUUCUCCUUCCCAAAUGUCAAUGGGAUCAUCGAUACUUGAACUGGACAUCACACAGCCAUAGGGACCAUGCUUGGCAUAGGGUAUUAAACUCAUGCACUGAUAUCAAACUCAAGCCAAAAUAAUCUAAAGCAUGGACAUUUCUUGAUGCCCGAGAGCUCUUAUCUCAAACCAUGUUUUCACAAAUUAUUCAAGAUGCUGUCCCUGUUUCUUCUUCCCUAAUGUCAAUAGACCGAUCCAUUAAGCUCCGCCCCAUUGCGUAUUGACCAAUCACAACGCAACGAUGGUACGAUAAAUCAAGUCCGACAUGCGUGCGCGUAUGCUUGGCGCGCGGUAGAGUUUUGCAGAAAGGCAUUGGAGAGAAUCGGGUGUUCUUGCACACAUGUGCGUUGUGGGCGGAGCCUAAUGGAUCGGUCUAUUGCGAUCAUCGCUACUUAAACUACAGCACAUCACACAGCCAUAGCAAGCAUGCUUGGCCUCAGGGCAUGGUAAUCCCUUCUGUUAAUGCACUGACAUCAAACGUAGUCUCAUGUGGACUGCCAUUUGGGAGUCAAAGAUACAUGUAUGGUGUGCAUCUAACUAAAUCAUUUUUUUUAAUAAGAAGAAUAGUGGCUUCAUAUAGGGCUCAAAUCCGGUAUUACUAGGACAAGCAUUCAAUGACUUGUUCACAAGUUUGGGGUUGUGUCCUAGUUUGGAGUGAGGGUCAACGUGCUGGAAAAUGUAUUUACUAAAGAGUAUUAUUAGCGGGUACGAGGUUAAAACUUGUCUUUACAUUAUGAUCUGAAACACCAUAAAGGGUAGGCUAUCUCUUUGCAUCCGUAGCAGUUUUGUCAGUGGUUGUAAAAGUUGACGAUUAAUAUACCUGAAAUCACUCAAAAAGUGUUUUAAAAUAUGUAUGGUGCAGACAUAUACUGGAAAUAUUUUGAGUUCAUUCAUGUUUUUUACUUGGGGUUUUCUUAAUUAAAUCAGUGGUACACUUAAAGUAAAGUUACGUCCAUUAACAAACAUUCCAAUGGGUCGUGGUGGAUAUUAAUAGUACACUUUGCUGUAUUUCCUGCCAUGAGAUGGGGGGGGGGGGGGGGAGUAUCCAAAGUGUCGUCGGCGUCACUUUGUAACUUUUCUUCCAGAGUUCAUUUAUUUUACUAUGUUAAAAAAAUGCUUGUGAAUAUGGGUUUUGUUAUCAUCUGCUAAAUAGUAAUAUAAAAGCUGGAGGAGUAAUGUGAA